CUAUAUAAGGACUUGUUCUAACCCAAGGAGAUCAGCACGCAACAAGCUUGCAAAUCAUAAACAGCCGUUGGAAAACUAGCAAUUUUUUGCCUAGAAGAAUACAUCGGGGUUUAUUUGAAUCAUGCGCGCGUGUCUGCUUUUCGCUUUAGCCUGCCUGGUGGCUUUCAACCAAGGUGCCCCAGUCAAAGACUGCGGGGUAGACUGUGGUAACAAUGGUGGUUCUAACUACGACUGCACAAACGGUGGCUGCAAUGGAGGAAACGGUGGUUACGACAACGGAAACGGAGAUUAUGGGGACGGAAACGGAGAUUAUGAUUACGGAAACGGAGAUAACGGUGGAGAUAACGGAGAUGGAGAUAACGGGGACGGUGAUGACGACAGCUCCAGCGGAUCUGAUGAUGGUGACAGCUCUGGAAGCGACAGCGACAGCUCUGACUCUGACUCCGGAAGCGGAUCAGACUCUGGAUCUAGCUCAUCCGGCUCUGGCUCUGGAUCUGGAUCAUCCAGCUCUUCUGAUGACGAUGACUGUGAAGAUGAUGAUGACUCAAGCUCCGGAUCUUCAAGCUCUGGCUCAGGAUCUUCAAGCUCAGGCUCAGGAUCUGGAUCUGGCUCAGGAUCAUCAAGCUCUGGCUCAGGAUCUUCAAGCUCAGGAUCAGGAUCUGGCUCCGGUUCCAGCUCAAGCUCUGGUGAUGACGGAGAUGAAGAUUGUGACGACGAUGAUUCAAGCUCUGGUUCAGGAUCUAGCAGCAGUGGAUCUGGAUCUGGAUCUGACAGUGGAUCAAGCAGCAGUGGAAGCGGAUCUGGCAGCGGAAGUGGAUCUAGCAGCAGUGACUCUGAUGAGGAUUGCGAUGAUGAUGACAGCGGAAGCGGAUCUGGCAGUGGAUCUAGCAGUUCUGGAAGUGGGUCUAGCAGUUCUGGAAGUGGAUCUGGCAGUGGAUCAAGCAGCAGCGGCUCUGGAAGCGGAUCUGAUGAUGAAGAUUGUGAAGAUGGUGGUGAUGGUGGAGACGGAGAUAACGGAUCCGGAUCAAGCGGCUCUGAUGGUUCAGAUGGCAGCGAUGAUUCCGACUCCAGCAGUAGCAGCAGCAGUAGCAGCUCAGACAGCGACUCCAGCUCCGACAGUGACGAAGAUGGCGGUGACGGAAAUGGUGACGGUAAUGGCGAUUAUGGCAACAAUGGCGAUUACGGUAACAAUGGCGAUUACGGAUGCAACGGAUACGACUGUGGAAACGGUAACGGAGGAAAUGGAGGAAAUGGUGGAAACGGCGGAGGCGACGGAAACGGCGGAGAUUACACCACUGAGCCCAAUGACAAAUAGAUCCAUUAAUAGAUUUCUUUCCAAUUACAAUCAAAGACACAUUUUUCUACUGUAGGCGAGUUUUGUGAUCCAGUUGUCGAGUUUCAUGCCAGACCAUAUGUUUUGUUUUGAGGUAUUCUACGGUUAGACAAAUAAACCUGCUUACUAUUUAUUUUCCAAUGUUUAGAUUUUUACGGCUUAAACAAAUCAAGAUUUUAAAAAAAAUAUUUCUUUAUCUAGGAAUAUAAGAUAUUCUUUGACAUUUCUUCAUCUGAAAAUUACACAUGUGUAAUGGAACCGGCAACGAAAAGUAUGCAUAAUAGUAUUAUUAACUGAAAGUUUUGUUUUGUAUUAUUUUUUUAUGUAUUGCUCAUGUUGUUGUUUACCUCAAGCAGAUGUAACAUUGUUUUGUAAACAGAAUGCAAUUCAAUAAAUUAUUGAAACAAAAAUCUGA